AUGGCUUCAGCACUUCGCUCCAGUCCCUGGCGCACGUGCCAGUGCCUCUCUCGCCAACGUAUCCGGAAUCCUCAAAUCACCCGCCACCUCUCCACGGGCAACAUCCUCCGAUCCACCGGCCAUGCCGGCAACAACCCACUCCGCUCGCAAGGUGGGCGCACAGGAGGUGCGCAGGACGGUGCACGUCGGUCAGUUGUACUUUCGGCAGCGGGGAUGGUCCUAUGUGCAGUGAGCAUGUACGGCGUGAUUAAGAUGGACGUAUUCGGGAUGAAUGCAGUCGAGGCAGGAAACGACAAGCAGAACCAUGCCACGGCCACGCCGACGAAGAACGGCGCAUUGAAGAUGGAUGGGCCAUCCGGAUUCCCAAGUGACGGCGGACCUUCGGUUAUCCCUCUGCCGGGCCAAGACAUCGUCAACAUCGAGCAAGUCGCAACAGGAAACAGCACAGUCCCAUAUUUCCCAACCACGAUCCGCCUGCCCUCCGCCUCCGAGACCGAAAACAAGCAACCCGGCGAUGAACUCUCCACCGCCAACGGCGACGACUACCAGCUUCUGGGUCUGGGCAUCCGCACCGUUUCAUUCCUCUCAAUUCAAGUCUACGUGGUCGGUCUGUACGUGGCCAAGUCCGACAUCACAGAGCUGCAACAGCGCCUGGUGCGCACAGCAAUCCACCCGCCCUCCGAUGAUGACGCUGCCGUCUCCGGGACUGGCGCCGAGUCCGCAACAUCCCUCGUCCCGCCCGAGCGUGCCCAGCUGAAGGAGCUUCUCCUGGACGCAGAGCGCGGCGACGCAGCCUGGACCGCAGUAUUGAAGGAAGACGGAAUCCGCACAGCCUUCCGUAUUGUCCCAACCCGCAACACGGACUUUAUGCACCUGCGCGACGGCUGGGUCCGCGGAAUCACUGCCCGCGCCCAGCAGAAGAAGCCGCUUCCCGGCGCUACGGCCCCUGGCGAGUUCCAGGACGCAGAGUUCGGAAUGGCGAUGAAUGAUUUCAAGGCUGUUUUCGGUGGUGGUCAGCGCAAGAAUGUGCCUAAGGGUCAGACGCUUGUUCUGCUGCGUAAUGCGCACGGCGCUUUGGAUGCGCUUUUCCAGGCUGAUCCUACGCAGUCGCCAAGGUGGAUGGGCCGUGUUGCGGAUGAGCGGGUGAGUCGGCUUGUGUGGUUGAAUUAUCUUGCUGGAAAGACUGUUUCUAGUGAGGGGGCGCGGAAGAAUAUUGUUGAUGGGUUGAUGGCCAUUGUUGAGCGACCUGUUGGAACGGUGGUGCAGAGGGUCGUUUAG